UUUGUCUGUAUUUAUUUUCUUCUUGUGUUGCUGCCUAUUGUACUUCCUCCUUUUGUCGCUCAUUCGCUCCUUCUCUUUGUUUUUUUAACCCCUCUGCAGUCCUUUAUAGACAGCAAUGGCUCUAAUGGCCUGUCAUAUACCAGCAUCUUCAAUUUCCUCCUCAUUUUUCUCUAUCAACAUUCUUGAACUUAAAUGGGCUUUAUUGUUUCCCCAGUAUUUAUUGUCCAAAGACAAAAUAUUUGUCGAUGAUUUUGAGGAAUUGGGUCUUGGAGUAUGCGUUUGGUUAAAGAAAUUCAUCUGCAAUACUGAAGUUCUAGUAUUGGAAAAUGGCAGCAUCUUUGGAGGAGCUACUUGCGGAGGAAGGGUUUAAAGGGAAAAGAUUGGGGGCUUCACGGUUAUCCACUUCCCGAUCACAGACUGUAAGUAUGCCUCUGUACCCAUAUCGUGAUCAACACAAGAAAGAUUCUCCAUCAGGUAGUAGGAUCAGAUCCAGAAUUAGGAUAGACAGGUCUAAAUCUAGUAUAGAUCAAUACAUUUCAAGAGGUAUAUCUCCAGGAAGUGAAACUGUUGCAGGUAGGAGACCGAGGGAUGACUUUGUCAGGAGAAAUAAGUUAGAUGAAAGACCAAAGAGAGAAAAUAGGGAUACAUUUCAAAGAAGAGAUUCGAACAAUGCGCUAGAAGGCGAAAGACUGGAUAUCAAUUCGUUGGAAGAUAUUCAAGGAAAUGAGAUCAUUGAGAUUGGUGUGGUAGAAAAUGGAAGGCCAAAGCACAUGUAUUCCAAUCAAAUAUAUAACUCAGAUGAGAGUGAAAAAAAUUCCAGAGGGAAGGAGAAGUACAAAGAGAGGUCAGGGAUGGAAUUACUGGUAGAGAGGAGACUUGGCAGCAAUUCGAAUAAGAACCUACAUAUAAGUUCUAGUGUUAACUAUAGGAAAAGCAUGAAACAGCCUGAUAAUUCUUAUGACAGUUCUGUUAGGCAAUCACAAAAUAGGAAAAGCAUCAAAGAUAAUCAGGGUCGUAAGAGUGGUAAUCUUCUAAUGCCAGCUUCUGAGCCUGCCCUUGAUGAUGCUGCAAUUCAAGCCAUGAUCUCCAUCCUAAGUGGUCAUAUGAAACAUUUUUUAAAAGAUGAGGGCUUCCGCACCACACUUCACCACAAUUGUUUCUCUCCCCUUAAAUUUGUUGCCUCAGAAGAAAACCAUAAUACUGAGAGCAAGGUCAUAACCAACCUUGAACAAGCAGUUGAAACAAUCGAAAGAGCUGCUGAGGGGUCUGGAAGUCAUAAAGAUCUGAAAAAAGCUUUACUGCAGCUUACCGUGAUUACAGGUUUGAAUUCAAAUGAUUUGAAAGAUGGGGUUACUUCUGGGGUUCCGAAUUCCAGCCUGUCAUCUUGUGCUCAUCUCUAUCUUAGUGUUAUAUAUAAGCUGCAGAAGAAGGACAGAGCUUCAGCAAAGCAUCUUUUGCAAGUGUUCUGUGAUUCACCUUUCCGGGCACGGACAAUUUUGUUGCCUGAGCUAUGGGACUAUCUGUUCUUCCCACAUCUUUCACAUUUGGAUACUUGGUAUAAUCAGGAAGCUGAAUCUUUAGCAAAUUCACCGAGCAAGUCCCAAAAACUGAAACUUCUUGAGAAAUUUUUUAAUGAAAUUAUGGAUUCUGGUACUUAUCAAUAUGCCGUUUAUUACAAGGAUUGGCUCACUGAGGGGGUUGAGGUACCUUCAGUUCCUUCUAUCCUCAUCCCUUCAUUGUCAAUUGAGGGAUUUCAGCCGAGGGAUUCACCGGAUAACUCUUUGGAGAUAGCUAGUCCAACUGGUCCUUUCUCACCACAGCCAAUGGUGAGUAAAAAACUAUAUGAUGCUGUAUUUUCCCGCCUGAGGAAACCUGACACUGAUGAGGCUGAAGAUGAGGGCAGGGAAGAUUACUAUGAUAAUUGUGGAAAAAGUUCUGAUGAUUCUGUUGUUGAAGUUAAACAAGCAUUAGCAUACUCGUCUGUCACAGUCAUGGAUCAAAAGAUUGAAGAAGGUUCUUGUAGCAGUGCACAAGAUAAAGCAACCUUUCCUCAUGAUGUGCUCUUAUUGACAUAUGAUGAAGAAGGGAGAUCGUAUGAAGUGAGUGUUCGACCAGAAAAUGGUCUCAGUGAUGAUGCCAAAGACCCUAAUAUAUCACUGGAAACUGAAGGAGAUUCUGAGUUGUUACAUGCACAUCCACAUCAGGAAGUAAAUGAAGUUACCCUGAAGAAGCUAGCAAAAUCUGUUUUUGACCUACAAGAAACCCAGGAUUCUCAUGAUCUUGCUGUUUCUGUUCCAUCAGCUUCCCAUUCGGCACAAGUUCUCGAUUCUUCAACACAGCUGACCAAAACCAGGCCUUCCUUUGAAGAAUUACAAGGAAGUUACGAUUACUUCGAUGAAGGACCCUUUUUCUUGAACAUUCCCCAGGACUUCAUUUGUCCAUUGACGGGUCAGUUGUUUCAAGACCCAGUGACCCUUGAGACUGGUCAAACAUUUGAGAAAGCAGCCAUCAGGGAAAGGUUUGAUCAGGGAAACAGAACAUGUCCGAUUACUGGAAAAACUUUGGAGUGUCAAAGUGUACCACUUAUCAACUUUAUUCUGAAGCGAGUGGUUGAUAAUUGGAAGUCAGAGCAGUCUAGUCUUUUGUUGACUCUGGCCUCUCAAAUAGUGAGGGAUUCCAGGGAACAGCAUUCAACACCUAAGGAUGAAACAGCUAUAUUCAUAUUAGAGCCACUUCUAACUGCUUUUGGCAGAAAGGAAGGGGUAACCAAUGCCAGACAGCUUAUUUCUCUUGGAGGCUUGCAAUUUCUUAUUUGCAGGUUUGAAUGUGGAAAAUUAGAAGAGAAAACAUGCGUGGCGGCACUAUUGUCUCAUUGUAUUGAAGCAGAUGCAAGUUGCAGAAACCUGAUAGCUGAGGAAAUCAACAAACAAUGUCUCCUUGAGUUACUUCAUUGCCAGCAGGAGAAGACAAGAACAAAUGCAGUGCUGCUUCUGACUGAACUCAUUUGCUUCAGCAGGAGGAAAGAUGUUAAAUUAUAUCUAAGCAGCUUGAAAAGUGAAGAGUUAAUCAAUACCAUGCAUGUUCUGCUUGAGUGUCUCCAGAGAUUUAAGCCUGAGCAAAGACCCUUGGUUGCUGUACUUCUGCUGCACAUAGAUCUUCUGGGUGAACCUCGAAAGCACAGUGUAUAUAGAGAGGGAGCCAUUGAUGCCAUUAGGGUGGCCCUGGUUAACAGCUUAACUGAUGAGAAGGUCCGAGAAAAGUUGUGUAGAUCGCUCCUUAUAUUGGGGGGCCGAUUUUCUUCUUCUGGGGUUUUAUUGACAGAGCUUUGGAUCCUCAAGAGAACUGGGAUUUAUGGUAUGAGUAAAGAGAAUUGGAAAGAGAAUCAUCGAGGAGAUGAUUUAUUCGUGGAGGAUACUCUUCUGUUGGAAGAUGACGAGGAGAUCUUGGCGGAGUGGUUGAGGGACAUAACAAUAUCACUGCUUGGGACUGGCAAGGGUCCAUUCUUAGAAACCAUGUCGUACUGUUUACAUUCGGAGGAAUUGGAAUUGGUGGGGGUUUGUCUAACAACAGUGGCAUGGAUGAGCUGCGCACUUUCUUCGCAUUCUGAUGCCAAGUUCAUUCUGUCUGCCUUUUCAGCCCUCAUGUCUGGGCUGAAAGAGAUACUGCAAAACGGUCAGCUGUAUGAGCACAAGGUUCUCGCGUCAUUUUCUCUACUCAAUUUCAGCAAAACUCAAGAAUGCAGGAUCCUAUUGAUGACAAUUGCAGAAGAGAUAGCUGGUUCUCUACGAAUGGUCGCGGAAGUCUCAUCGGCCGCAAAGCAGUUACAUACCAUCAUUUGUGGGGAACAGAGAUCUCUAGUCUGAUUCGAAACAGUGAUAAUUCUAAAGUACUAACCUCCAUGAUGUCACAAUUUCGUGGCUUCCAUUAUUUUUCUUGUGAGUUCAUAUGAGUAAAUAAGUGUGCAGUGAAUAACAUUGAGAUGGCUCAUUGGGCCAUUGGCUUCCACUUAGUGAAAACUUUAUAGCAAA